UGCAUUUAAGUACGCCGUCAUUUGUAGUUAUUGUGCUCGUUUAGGUCGCUUCGGGUACUCAUUUUCAGAUCCAGUGGUGAAUUCUGAGCCUUGCCUUUACAUUUUGGGCGAUGCAGAGUUGUUAAACAAAAAUGUGGUGAAGCAAAUUGUUAAUAAUUUACGUUGCAUAAUAAGGCCGCAGCUGCCCCCGAGCUUGCGUAGGGAUUACAGCGGCUUUUGAAUGCUCGGCCCAGCUGCAGCUACAUUUCGGUUUCCUGGUGAAUCCCGGUGGGCAUGUGUGUAUCUGUGACAGGGAUCUCUCAAAGAAGCGACAGGCUUACAGUUCAUACAGUACAGUCAUAUUGCCCUCAGUACAUCAUCAGUAGAGCCGUCAGUUUUUUAAAUUGCCCGUCCCAUCUGAAUUAUAUGUUGACAUCUUCACACCAGUAACUGUUGAUAGCCUGUUCACACACCCGCACACAUACACACAGUCUCUCUCUCAGUAUGGCAUCGGUGCCAGUGUACUGCUUGUGUCGCCUGCCAUAUGAUGUGACACGCUUCAUGAUCGAGUGUGACAUUUGUCAAGACUGGUUCCAUGGAAGCUGUGUUGGAGUUGAGGAGGACAAAGCAGCUGAAAUUGACCUGUAUCACUGCCCCAACUGCCAGGUCACCCAUGGGCCAUCUGUCAUGCGCAAACGCCGAGGCGGCAAUAAGCAGACAGAUGGAGGUGCUAGUGCAGGAAGAGAUCCAAGUCAGCCUGUCAAGACCGGAAGCCCACAGUUUGUUAGGGAACUACGGAGUCGCACCUUUCCAAAUGCGGAUGAAGUCUUGCUAAAACCAUCUGGGGCCCACCUGACAGUGGAGUUUCUUGAGGAGCAUUCAUUCAGUGUUCCUGUCAUGGUGCUGAGGCGGGAUGGUCUAGGCAUGACCCUUCCCCCAUCAUCAUUCUGCGUCAGUGAUGUAGAGCACUAUAUCGGUGCAGACAAAGAGAUUGAUGUGAUUGACGUGUCUCGUCAAUGUGAUCUGAAGAUGCGGUUGGGAGACUUUGUUGAAUACUAUAACAGUCCCAACAGAGACAGAGUACUGAAUGUCAUCAGCUUGGAGUUCUCUGAGACCAGGCUUUCAAACUUGGUGGAGACUCCAAAGAUUGUGAGGAAACUGUCAUGGGUGGAAAACCUCUGGCCUGAAGAAUCUGUGUUUGAACGGCCCAAUGUGCAGAAGUACUGCCUAAUGGGAGUUAAGGAUAGCUACACAGACUUCCAUAUUGACUUUGGAGGCACAUCAGUGUGGUACCAUGUUCUGAGGGGCGAAAAAAUCUUCUACCUAGUUUCCCCCACCCCAGCCAACCUGGCACUUUUUGAGCGUUGGAGUUCCUCAUCCAACCAGAAUGAGAUGUUCUUUGGAGACCAGGUUGAUAUGUGUUACAGGUGCUCUGUCAAACAAGGAAACACCUUGUUCAUACCAACCGGUUGGAUUCAUGCAGUGUUGACUCCUGUGGACUGCCUGGCCUUUGGGGGGAACUUUUUGCAUAGUCUUAACAUUGACAUGCAGCUUCGGGCGUAUGAAAUAGAGAAGAGAUUAAGCACUGCAGACUUGUUCAGAUUUCCCAACUUUGAGACCGUGUGCUGGUAUGUUGGAAAGCACCUUCUUGAUACCUUCAGAGGUUUGAGAGAAAACCGCAGGCACCCUGCCACUUACCUGGUUCAUGGAGCAAAGGCCCUGAACAACGCCUUCCGCAGCUGGACCCGUAAAGAGGCUUUAGCAGAUCAUGAAAUUGAGAUUCCAGAAACCAUCAAUACCCCAAUGCUGGUGAAGGACCUGGCCAAGGAGAUUCGUCUGGUUGAGGACAUCUUUCAGCAAAACAUCGGCCGCACUGGACCUCAGUUCCCUGGUUCACCGCUCUCUAAAGCUCCCCUGACCACCUCUCAAAAUUCAGGACGUCCCCCUGGAAAAAAGAAAGGUCCCAAACCCAAGGAGGUGUUGGGGGGUCUUGGGCCACCAGGAACCAAGAAGAAGAGUCAGAAGGGUUUACUCAAGGCAGAAGCAGGAGAACUUGACCUCCUCGAGAUCCACACCAAACAUACACUCAAGAAAUUUCAACCUGGCAAGUCCAAAAACAAGAACAAGUUGGAGCUGCCAUUGGAAGAGUUUGAAGGGAAGUUAAAUAAAAGCAAACUAAAACUUGUGCUGACCAACGGAAAAAUCCAAGGUAAGAAGGAAGGCAACAAUAAUGGUGCAGGAAGUGCUGGAAAGUUCAAACAUCUAGCCAUGGAGGGAUCUAGUCUCUCUGACUUGGAGUCUGAGGAUGAAUUGCAAAUUGAUGAGACCCCUCCUCCGCGACGCAAGCUUGCAGGAUCUAGCAAGAAAAAGAAACUAAGCGGUCUUCCUAGGAAGCUGCCUAGAGCUAAACCCUGCUCUGACCCCAAUCGCAUCAGGGAACCAGGAGAGGUUGACUUUGACAUUGAGGAGGAUUACACCACAGAUGAAGAAGCUCUGGCUGCUCAUGGAGUGAAGGGUGGUGCGGGGGGCAUUCUGGACUUAUUGAAGGCCAGCAAGCAAGUGGCAGGCUUGGAUUCUGCAGCACUCAGUGAGGAAGCCCCAGCCUCUCCCAGUACUCGUGAUGCCAUCCAGGGUAUGCUCUCCAUGGCUAACCCCCCUUCCUCGUCCUCAUCUUCCUCCUCCUCAUCUCCCUUAUCUAUCUCUGGAGGCCUGACCGAGGGAUUACGGGCUGUCAAGGAGAAGGGUGGUAGGGCUGUAUGGGUGACUGGAGGGGUCAAAAAGACUGGAAAUCCUGAGAAGAAACCUGUAGUCCAGCGGCCUGGAAAACGGCCAAUUAAGCGGCCAGCUCGUCACCUUAGCGAUGAGGACAGUCCAGAUGAACAAGAAACUCUGGGAACCUGUUUUAAAGAUUCAGACUAUGUUUACCCGUCCUUGGAGUCUGAUGAGGAGGACCAUGCUAACAAGGCUAAGAUGAAACGGAAGAAAAACUGGGAUGACACACCUUGGAGCCCGAAAGCUAGGGUAAUGCCCACCCUUCCAAAACAGGAGAGACCAGCCAGAGAAGGAGCUAGAGUUGCAUCUGUGGAAACUGGCCUUGCAGCAGCUGCUGCCAAACUGGCACAACAAGAGCAGCAGAAACCUGCGAAAAGAAAGUACACCAAAAAGCAGCGUCCUCCUGCUCCUGUAGCCACUCCUCCCCCUGUUCAGACUGAGCCAGCCCCACCUUCCCCACCACCUGCUCCAGAGUCAGCAGCAGACUUCAGCCCAGACAGGAGGAUGGAUUACUACUCUGCCAGUCUGCUGGACCAUGAAUACACAGCGGGACCAGGACCUUUUGGCCCCGGGGGCCCUAGAGGCAGCGGAGCCAUGGCCCCCGGUGUAUUCCUCACUUCACGCCGGCCUUCCUUGUCUCCGCAAAACAGCAGCUCUCACUCUGGUGCAUCUCCUGCAGGGCAAGUCAGCCAAGGCACAACAGGAGUUGGUCAAGGUAAACGUCCAAAGAAAGGACUUGCAACAGCAAAACAGAGACUUGGAAAAAUUCUGAAAAUUCACCGCAACGGCAAACUUCUCUUGUGAAAGAUGUUGGAAGGUGGCUGAAGAUUUAAAUUGGAAUGAAGAAAAUUACUUUUUGUGAAAGUAGGUCUAAAGGAUGUAGAUAUAGUAAUCUAUAUUUUAUACUCUAGAUAAAGUUGUUUACUUUUUUCACUUAUUAUUGAAUCUCACUAUAUCUUGCCCUACACCAAGCUAAUUUGCAGCCUGUUUUGGCACUCCACUCCACCCAUAUCAGCCUACAGGUAUUUGCAGAAGCACAUCUGUGACUUGAACAAAUCACUGUAAUGUGCUAACACUUAAAACUCUUAAUGAUAUACUACUAUAUGACAUUGGCAAUGGCAUAUGGUGGUAAGCAUUAAGAAAUGAGAGGUGAACAUUAAUUUAUCUAGCUAGAUUGACUAGCAUAGAAAAAAUCAUCAAAGUCUAAUGGCUCUUUUUUGUUUAGGUUAUUUUUGGAGGAUGUAUUUAUGAAAAGACAUUGUUCUGUCCAUUGUGAAUUUUAAAAGGGAAAGAACAACACAUUUUUUACCAGGUAAAAUGUGAUCCCAAACACAGGCACACAGACGCACAGUCAUGCAGUAGUAGUGUUGUAUUUAGUUGUUUUUUUUUAACCUAAUUUUUACCUCAUAAAACAUUCUUGUGUGGUUUGAUGAUUACUAAAGAUAAAUCUUUUCACAGUAAACAGUUUUGCAAAAAUCCAGAUUAUGCUCAGUGUCAGCACCCACUAUGCCAUGCUGUAUUCAUUCUUUUUGAGGAAUUUGUUACUGGUGUUUGUAUAUCUCCUCCAAUAUACUGUAGCUCUACACAUGAAAAGUUCUAAACUGAUGCCACGAGUAACAUGUGCGCUUAUAUUUAUUCUGAUUAUAUUUAUUUAACAAGGCAACAUUUUGUCAUCUUUUAGCCUGUUUUUAACUGAGUAUAUUCUCACCACCACGUUUUUUGGAAGUUCAUACUUCUUGGUCCCUACUUUAAAUUUCAACCACUCAAGAUCAAAAGGGUUAAAAAAAAGUGUAUUGUGUUAUAUAUUUUUUUUUAAAUAUAAUUUUGGUUUUCAUUGUAAAUAUUUGUAAUAUUUGUAAUUUAUAUAGCUACAUUGGAAGAACGGAAAAACAUUGUGAGAUGAAGAGACUAGUUUCCUGCAGGUUGCAAUAAUUUGUGCCCUAUAUAAUUUUUGGCAGCAUUCUGGGCCAGAUGUAGACACAAGCUUUCUUUCCACAGAAUGUACUCGUGACAAAAUGUUGGCAGAAGUGUAGAUUUUACUGUGUGAAAACAUUGUGAAGUUGCAGGAUAUAAAUUGAUAUGUAAAUAUAUGUUGUAAUUUAAGUUCUUUUUAUAGUUCAAAAACUUUGAAAUCUUUCAUAACAUAACUUGUACAUGAUACAUUGCUGUAUUUGGAAAUUAUCCAAAAUAGUUCUUUUUUUAUAUUUGUACGCAGUAAUUGUUAUGCUUUGUUUUUCAUGUUGUCUUGUCAGUGUAAUAUUGGAAGUCUACUGAGGAAAAAAUGCCCUCGUUUAAUUUCCUCCAUUUAGUUAUAUAUUAAUUAUUGUUGAUAUUCACUCUUGUGUUGGUGUGUACUGUGUGUUUUAAAACAUGAUAUGUUUAAAUACGACCUGGAACAGAUAAAAUAUACUUUGGGCAAAUAUCUAUUUUCAUUGAAUUUAUUUGAGGACCACCGAAUCACCAAAAGGAAUUCUGUUUUUCUUUUUUGUGGGCCAAAUGAAAGGUUUUGUGUUCACUAUGCUUCAGUCUACUGGAGAGCUCAUUAAAAUAUCCAUGGUCGGUCUUUCUUUGCUGAAAAGUCAAUGAGAUACAACAAGGAAAUUGUGUUUGUAAUAAACACAUUUACAUUUAAUGAUUUCUUCCAUUGAAAAUUUUACACGUAGUCGAUACAAUUUAGAUGUUACUAAGCCACAUUAGAUGUUACUUUUAAAUAAGUGGUUACUACAGUGUUUUUUUUUUUUUUUUUUACGAAUUAUUGUAUUGUUUUCACAUCUAAACAUUAUUUCCAUACAGCAUAUAGGGGUUUAAAUGCAUUUUGUU